UUAGCAACGGAAAGUAACGUAACCGAUCAAAAUAAUUAGUUUUUCGACAAAUUUUCUCCAGCAGACGGCGAAAAUGAACAUUUUUCCCUCGUACCCCAAACUGAGGAACCGCCGAACGGGGGCGGAGAUCGAAUUGAACGCCAACCCGUUUUCCCUCGGCCGGGGACUCUCCUGCAACUAUGUUAUACCUAGUAAGACCGUCUCGAGGGUCCACUGCAUUCUGCAAAUGAACGAUGAUAACACCUGGGUGCUGAGAGACUCGAGUACGAACGGUACCUUCGUCAACGGUAAACUGGUCAAGCACGUUAAGAGCCCCCCUUUGAAAGACAAUGAUGUUAUAUGCUUGGAGAUAAACAGCGUCGAUAGUUAUGUUUUCGUCAACGAAGCCGCUAGCAAUGAUAUAAGUGACGAGCAGCUCUGUGCCAUAGCGGACAGCGUUCUUAAUGAAAUGGAGUGUCUAACCUCUAAUCCUACAAACGCAAGCGGUCAGGAGCAGUUAGGUGCUGCCAGUUUGCCCCCCCGUAGGAACGCCCCCGACUCCACGACAGUCAACCCCCUCCUCGACCACAUGUACACCGCCAAGUCGUCCAACGAAGCUGCCAAGAAGGCGAGAGUCGGCCGCUCCCCUAGGCCGAUCCUCGGCUGCGGCAACAGGAGGGACCCCGACGACACCUCCCGCUUGGGGCAAGGGAGCGCAACGAGUGCCCGUGACGAGGCUGCCACACGAGGUUCGGAACCCGUUCGUAAUAACGUGCUUGCCAAAAACGACGGAAACUCGAGCAAUGCUGGUAGUAACAAGAAUAACGCAAGCCAGGGAGGUUCGACGGGUUCCAUGCGGGUUGACCAGGAGGUAGUGUCGUUGACGCAGUCUAGCGGUCACACGGCGCAAAGCGAUGGCGUCGGGAGGAACGAGGAGAUCGUGGUCAGUUCUUCGCAGAAUAGCAGUAAUUCUGCCGGCUCUGGCGAAGGAGCGGCGUGCUUGGCGCAACCUGGCCCUUCAACUAUCAAAACCGAUAAACCCCCGGAACAAACGGACAACUACGAGGUGAUGGAGAACGAGCUGCAGUGCGUCAUCUGCUCGGAGCUGUUCGUCAAAGCGCUGACCCUCAACUGCUCCCACACCUUCUGCAAGUACUGCAUCCGCAUGUGGAACAAGAACAAGAGCGACUGCCCCAUCUGCAGGACAAAGAUAACCUCCAUGACGUCCACGAUAGUCCUGGACAACGUUAUCGAGAAGGUGAUAGAGACCUCGAACGAGGAGAUCAAGCAGCACCGGCGUUCCGUGCUGGAGGAGAGGAGGAAACAGGAGGAGGCGGAGAGCCAGCCACCGGCCGGCGCGCAGCAGCAGGGCAGACGGGGCAGGGGGAGGGGCAGGGGCGGCGGUACGAGGAGGGCGAGAGGCGGCAGGGGCAACAGGACACAGGACGACCAGCCUAGGAUCAACGUGUUGGAUCCCGUCGCUAUAAAUAUAGGGGCACUGGUGAAUAACGUGAUAGAACUGAGCUCGGACAGCGAUUGGAGCACGGACACCGAAUCCAUGUCCCCGAACGAUAUGCAGGACGAGUACGACCACGACGACUGGUACGACACCCGCUCCGUCUACUGGGGCGGCUACGGGUACUGCUUCCGCUGCGGCAGCCCCACCCACUGGGCCAACAACUGUCCGAACAGAUAAGCCGCCUGGCUUCAAGUCGUCUCACCUCAGGAUAUUAAGUUUGUUACGCGACUUACGGAUUUUCCAUUCGAGUGUCGCGCUCGGGGCUAGUAACGGAAGUUUUAUUAAUUUGUUUCUGGUAGAAUUAAAAACGGAUAGGUUUAGGUCGGAUUCCGUUGGGACGUUCAAAAUUCUCGUGGGGAUUCGCCGGGUCGGGCGAGUCGUACUGCCGUAACCUCACCAUACUGCCACGACACGUUGAAAUUCAAUAUUUAAAAUGUCAGGUGCGCGGUAGCGUGGUUGAUACACG